UUUGAACACCGCGCUAUCUGUCAACAAAGAAAAAAGUCGCAAUUUGUGAUGCAAAUUCUGCAUUACAUCUACGGACUCAUAUAAUAUCUUGAAGAAAGCACUGCUAAAAUUAGUUCAGGAGUUUUUUUCACAAACUCAAGAUGCCUCUUUGACACACCAAAAUUGCUGCAUGAAUACACAACCAAACAUUCCCAGCAGCAGCGUUUGAGCAGAACAACAUGCCCAGAUUCCUGCCAAUGGGUUCCAGACCACCCUACCUGCCAUUGGACGACGAGUCCUUAAACAGUGACGAGCGGGUACUUCUUGAUCAGACCUUCUCGGAGGACAUACCCGCCGGCUACAUUUCAGGACUUGAACAGGAACCCGAGUCUUCUUGCAAGUGUUGUGCCCGCAAUCAAAUCUACUUACGCCUGCCGCGGAUCAAUCUGGCCUAUUUUAAAAACAUACAAUGGCAGAAGAGGAUAGACAUGAUUUUGAGUGUUUUUUGUCUGUUGAUCAUGUUGGUGGUGAGUGUAGGACUCGGUGCAUACGCAGUGUUUAAGAAGGAGCCGGGUCUGUUGAUAGAUAAGUCGUAUAGAGCGUUCAGAAUACCGCAGCAUGAAGCGUCGAUGGGCUGGGGAGCCUUUCAGGCUGCUAAGAGGAACAUGAGUAAUGGAUAUAUGAGCGGGGACUUGCCUAAGAAGUUUCAGUGGUUGUUUGGAGAUCAUGCUCCUGGAAACGGUGCAAAUGGCAAACGUGUCAAGCGUGAUUCUCCGGGCAACCAGUAUAUCAGUGUGGCACCACGCCAGUCCUCUCCUCGCUGGAAAAUGCAGGUCGUGUUCCUAGCAGAGGACGGGGAGAACAUGUUUACAAGAGAGAGGCUUCAACAGGUACAUGAAGUAGAGAAGCAAAUUAUUGCGCACAAACAAUUCACAGAGUUCUGUUUCAAGGACCUCUAUCACCCUGUGAUUCAGGCAGACCCAGCCAUUAAAGCUAUCAGUGGUUGCGCGCCCCUGAAUUCCCUCAUGGGCUAUUUUUAUCCAUCGAGGGAUGACAACGGGAACGUGUAUUACGAUGGUCUAGGAGAAAACAUGGACAACAUUGACAGUGCUCUGAAGCUGGCCAUGACAUCAACUAAGUUUUAUUAUUACGUUGAUGAUAAAGUGAAUAGUUCCUAUAUGAAGAGUCGUCUCAUAAGGACCGAGGUCAUAUUUGGGGCACCUUUAGAAGGGUAUUCCACAGCAUACUUGGACAAAGACAAGCAGACGGAGAAGUACAAGGAGUUUGUGGUGUCCUACAUCGACAUGUUCUCCAAGGCCUCAUCCAAGGAGAUUUCUGUCCUCUAUGGCGGAAACGAGAUCUUUGACUACGAGGUCGAGAUGACCUUUUGGAGGGACGUGAAACUCGCCCUCUAUGCCCUGCUUGCCAUAUUCCUCUUGAUGCUUGUUCUGACCUCGGGGUCACUUUGGCUGACCUUUUGGGGCUUUCUUAGCGUUCUUCUAAGUGCCCCUCUUGCCAUUUUCUUCUACCAUGUGGUGUUCAGCAUCCAGGCACUGGGUAUUCUAAAUGGUGCUGCUGCAUUUGUGAUCCUCGGUAUAGGAGUGGAUGAUGUGUUUGUGUUCAUAAACAUAUUCCGCCAAGCGGAACACAUUGACAAUCCAAGGGAAAGAACUCUUUACACUCUUCGAACUGCUGGAAAAGCUACGUUCUUUACAUCGUUCACAACGGCUGCUGCAUUUGCAGCGAACAUAGCUUCCAUGAUCCCUGCCGUUCAUGACUUUGGCCUGUUCAUGUCCCUGAUUGUGGCCAACUGCUGGGUGACUGUGAUGGUCAUCAUGCCUGCCGCCCUCUACACCUGGCAGGCGGUCUUCAAACACUGGGAGGACAAGUUAUGCAGGAUCAUGUGUUGUUGCUUGCCAAAGAUUGCUUGCAGAGGCAUGUCUGUGCCUGCCGACAUGGCCAACUUCCUUGACAACAGUAACCAUGGAAAUCAGGCUGUCAGGACUAGGGAGGUCAAUCUGGAAGACGAGGAUGAUGAUGUCGCCAUGUUGACCAUGGAAAACCCUCGCCAGUAUGGCGAAACUGAAGUGGAUGACCCAUUGAUCCAGGUUGACCCCGACCCCUUGAGGCUCCCUGAUGAUCUUGACCCCAAGAUGUCCGGUGGUUUGGGGUCCACACUGCAGGCAAUUCUGUACUACUAUGUCGCCAUACCAGUGAUCAAGGGCCGCUGGAUCAUCCUUGUGAUAACAACACUGCUGUUGUGCGUCUCUCUCGGGCUGCUCACUCAGCUGAAGGCCUCCACAAAGCCGCCUCAGUUUUUCCGCUCGGACACGAACAUACAGCGCCUACUAGACCUGAAGACCAAGUAUAGCGCCAUGGACACUGUGCAGUGUAACAGCUGCUCUGCCAUAUACAGCCUAGGAAUGAAAGAAGCAACUGAUGGUAAAGUUGCACAGAAUCCCACAUUGCCAUUUUUCCAGCCAAUACCUGAGUCAAGCCCUCUGGAAAUGACCACCCACCGUGCUAAUACAUCCCUAGAAAUGAACACCAACCCACCACCAGCACUACCACCGGUUCAUGCAACCACUAAAACAACCAUUCAUUUACCCACAACACACAACAAUCCAACAACCAUCCCACCCAUAUCACACCAGCCAAGUUCAAAACCACCAAGCAUAAGCCACCAUCCGAUUACAACAACCAGGCCCACAGUUCCAGUUUCCACUCCAAAUACAAACCCAAAUAAGCCAUUCAGAAACCCAACGACUCAUCGCCCAAAUCCUCCAAAAUCCGUGCCAGAAAAUUAUGAUGUUUGUAAGGAUGUGGAUUGUAGUCACCCAAAAGAGAGACCACUUCUGGAAACAGGGGCGACAGUUUACGUUGUGCUAGGAGUAAAGAAUUUCCAGUGGUCAAAGUCUGAUGUGGGGCAUGUUCUCUCAGAAGAUAUGGGUGAGGUUCAGUUUGAUCCAGCCUUCUCAGCUGCAUAUGACUUCACAAAUCCUGCCCUCUUGGGCCAUCUAGCGGAACUCUGCACCUUGUGCUGGAAAAUAGCAAACAACUCUGACCUGGUGAAGAACGGCAGUGCCCAGUGUUUGCCCACAGAUUAUCUCCCAGGAAUUCUGAAUACAGCUUUAUAUAAAGCUGUAAGCCUGGUACCUGCCUGUGCAAACCUACCUAAGGCAGCACAUAUAUAUGGGAACCAGCAACCAGCUCAUUCCAUGGGAGGGUUGACAUCAUCUGGAACAGCAGCUCUGUGGAUUAGUUUUGCUUUUGAAUCAACGACAUCAAAGAGCCAGUCUUACUUCGAGGCCCACAAGGAGUACCUGAAAUGGGAAGCAUUUUUGGGUGACAUCAAAAAAGGGCUGGCCCCAAAUAGUCCCUUGAAAUCCAUGUUUCAGACUUCAGAGUUCUGGCCAGAGGUGUUCAUGGAGAUUGUUGCUGUGGACAGCGCCAUCUAUGGUGUCGUGCUAUCAAUGGUGAUAUGCAUGAUUGCUGUGGUGAUCUUCACAAGGCACAUUGUCCUGCUUUUCAUCAUAUUCAUCAGCAUAACAGAGAUGAUCUGCCUGGUGGUUGGCUUGUUCUAUGUGCUAGGCUGGGAGGUGGGAGGGGUGGAGGCCAUAUCGCUGUCCAUUCUCGUCGGCUCCUCCGUAGACUACUGCGUCCACCUUGUGGAGGGUUAUAUUCUGGCAGCCGAAGCAUGUCCCGUCAAGGAUAAUGCGGCAGAGGCCCGGCGAUGGCGAACAAAGGCUGCAUUCAGCCAUAUAGGAGUGUCUGUAAUCAGCUCAGCGCUUACCACCAUAAUGGCUGCAGUCCCUCUUACCCAGACCACGAUUCAACCAUUUGCAAAAUUUGGUCAAAUAAUCGCCAUAAAUACAACCGUGUGUAUUAUCUACUCGCUGACACUCUGUGUCGCCCUACUGAGCAUGAUCGCUCCAGCGUAUUUCAAACCCACUUGGAGGUCACUAGUGAAAUCGGUGAUUGGAACAGCUGUUGCUAUGGGAUUUGCUGUUCUUUUGCUGUUUGUUUUAAGCCGCUUUGGUAUUGAUAUACCCGGGCCUAACGGUGGCUCCAUUUUUUAAUGAUUUUUGAUGGAUUUUUUUUAUAGCUGCAGAAGUUUCUAACCACUAGAACAUAAUUAAUAUUAUAAAAGACUAUGGUAUCAGUAGUUUUGAAUCUCAUGUUCAAAGUUUUAUACAUUUAUUUACAAAAAGAAUUUUGAUUUCUUUAAUUGCAUUUUACAUGUAUUUACAUAUUUAUGAAGAAAAAAAUAUAUACUAAUAAUUUUUUUAAGGAUUUUUUCUUUUGAAGACAUCUUUAAAUUAUGUAAAAAAAAAAAAGACAAAAAAAACACACUUUGUCUUGAGUAGACUUCUUUGUCUUGAGGAGACUUCUUUAAAGGUUUUUUUUAUUUCUACUUUUUAGCUCGACUAUUAUAUAUGAAAUACAUGUAUAUAUAGUGGAGCGAUCCUACUCACCCCGGCGUCGGCGUUAGCGUUUCCGUUCCCGUGUCCGUUAGCUUGCAAAUGUUAAAGUUUGCGUACUACCCCAAAUAUUUCCUAUGUCCUUUGACAUAUUGCUUUUAUAUUUUGCAUACUUCUUUACCAACAUGACCCCAAUCUAUAAACAAGAGCGGACAACUGUAUCAAGCAUUUUGACAGAAUUAUGGCCCCUUUUAUACUUAGAUAAUUGAACAUUUUGCUUAAAUU